GGCUGUCGCUCCUCUUCCGCCGCUCGGGCCAUCCUCCUGCUUCGUCGUCGCCGUCGCCGUCGCCUCUCACCACCUGCCCCGGCUCUCGUCGUCGCCAUGACCAAGCUCCUCAACUGGCUCUCGCUCGCCGGCGCCUCGCUGGCCACCCUUGCUGCUGCCCAAAACACCACCAACGGCAAGUUCGAAAUCAUCGGCCAAACCGGUGUCGUCUGCAUCCAUCUGGCUCUGCUCCCGAACGAGCGCUUCCUGUGCAUGGAGCGUCCCCACAUCUGGCCCUAUCCCUCCAACCCCAUCACCGUCAACGAUGGCAGACAGUAUCCCUCGGUCUCCACCGAGCUGGACCCGUCCAAGUACAAUGGCGACCCUAGCUCCAUCCUCUACACUCUGACCCCGACCCUCGACAUGAACCCCUUCUGCAGUCACCAUGUCCAGCUGCCCGACGGCAACGUCUUCGUCGUCGGCGGUGACAACUUCACUGCCGACACCAUCCGUGGCAAUGCCAUCCCUACCGAUGGCCACUUUGCCCGCCGCCUCUUCAAGCCUUGCGCCGUCGGCGACACUUCUUGCGCUGGCGGAACCUGGGAUCUCUCCAUCGGCCCGAUGACCACCAAGCGCUGGUACCCUACCUCUGCCACGCUCUAUGAUGGUACUGUCAUCAUUUUCUCUGGAUCGAACAACAACAUUAUCUUGGACAACCCCGGCACCUGGGACCCUGUCGGCAACGACAACCCCACCUAUGAGUACUACCCCUCCAAGCCCGGAACUUGGCCCCGCCCCCUCAACAUUCUGUCCAAGAACUACCCCUACUCGCUUUUCCCCACCGUCUUCCAGCUUCCCUCCAAGAAGGUCUUUGUCUUUGUCGCCAACGAGACAAUGCUCCUGGACCCUGCUACCGACACCAACGACUACGGCAACCCGAGUGUCCCUGCCAAAAUCCCUUCGAUGCCUGCCAGCAUCACCAACGACCACCAGCCCUGGAUCUAUCCCUAUACCUCGCACUCGAUCAUGCUUCCCCUCAAGCCCCCGAACUAUGAGGCUACCAUUCUGAUCUGCGGUGGCAGCAAGAAGAGCACACCCGAUGCCUCGGACAUGUGCAUCAGCAUCAACCCCGACUCUCCCAACCCCACCUGGACCACCAAGAACCCUCUGCUGACCCCUCGUCUGAUGAUUGACGGUGUCAUCAUGGCCGAUGGCAAGAUCCUGUACACCAACGGCGGCUCUUGGGGCCAGGCUGGUGGCAACGCCGGUCAAGCCAUGUACGCUCGCGGACCCAACUUCCAGUCCGAGAUCUACGACCCCGAUACCGACACCCACACCCCCACUGCCAACUACCACGUUGUCCGCCUGUACCACUCCGUGGCUCUGCUGGCUCCUUCGGGAUACAUCUACACCGCCGGAUCUGAGAUGCAGAACGUCUUCGACAUUUGGGGCAACACCGAUGUCGCCAAUGCUACCACCCCUUGCAGCCCGUUCAACGUUCCCCAGGGACAGCUCAUGGACUUGACCAAGUGCACCUCACCCUUCGGUACCCAGAUGGAGCGCUAUACUCCCCCGUACCUCCAAACUGGCAAGCCCCGACCGGUCAUCACCAGUGCUCCUUCUAGUGCCACCUACGGUUCCUCGAUUGCCUUCAAGCUCAAUCCCUCGGCCGUCGAUGGCACCAAGAUUGACAAGGUUCACUUUGUUCGGUAUGCCUCGACCACCCACCAGACCAACAGCGACCAGCGCCUUGUCGUGUUGAACAUCCUUGGCCAGACUUCAGACACCAUCUAUGUCCGUCUCCCUCCCAACGGUUCUGUGGCCCCUCCUGGCAACUGGAUGCUGUUUGCUCUCUCUGGCGGCGUCCCCUCAGUUGCAGCCACGGUUCUGUUUGGUCCUGGUGCCCAGACCGACGUCUCCAUUCCCCCCGGAGUCACCACCACUACCAGUGCUGGCUCCAUUGUUGGUGCCAACCUGUUUGGCCUCCUCUUGGCUCUGGCCACCGCGUUCAUCGCCCUCUUGUAAUAGGCUGAUGUCAUUGCUGGCUGGGAGUGGCGACUGGAUGGACACAUGUCUGGCGCCUCAGUCCGCUCACCCUCCCAUCGGCUCAUAUAUUUCCCUCACCGAUGUGUAUCUUUCAUCGGCAUAUUUACGGACCCCUCAACUCUAGACAAGGGAAAGCGGCGGUCAGAUUGCAUUGAUCCCAGUUGCUUGAGAGCUACUAUGACAUGCAUUUCUCUUUCUUCAGCCUCUUGGAUACUCGCCAUUCGCUGGCCGCCGGCUCUACCUCCUCCACAAAUACACUCCUUUUCUCUAUCACAG